AUGGCGUCCGAGACGAUACCAUCGGGUGAGCCCGACGUGGUGGUCUGCAUCAAGGGCAGCGAGUUCCUGGCGCACAAGGAGAUCCUGAUGGCGGCGAGCCCGUACCUGCGCGACAUUCUGCACGAGAUCGGCACCGAGCAGCGCAUCAAGGUCGAGCUCGAAGGCGUGUCUCCUUCGGCCUUCGAGGCGCUGCGCUCGUACAUGUACCUGGGCAGCAUCCGCAUCACAUGUCAGAACGUGACGGACGUGUACCGGUGCGCGUACAAGCUUCGCAUCCGGGCACUCAUCUCCAAGUGCCUGCAGUACCUGGCCGAGUCCGGUGAGGUGGGACGCCACGUGGUGCUCUACGUGAACGCCGUCAAGGUGGCCAUGAAGGACGAGGAGAAGGUGGCGUUCCAGUUCCUGGUGGAACACUUCGACAACGUGAUGCGCUGCCGAGAGUUCCUGGACCUGACGGCAGCCGAGUUGUGCAGCAUCCUGCGCUCCGACGAGCUAGGCACGCGCAACGAGCUGAACGUGUACGUGGCAGCGCUGACGUGGCUCGACCACGAGUACGACAAGCGCCGGAGCCUCGAGGAACAGGUGCUCGAGUGCGUGCGCUUUCCGCUCAUGCAGGACGCGACGCUGAUGCGCUGCUUCUCGCCGCCCAUCUGCCCCAGCGCGGCCGUCAACGCCAACGUCAAGCUGAGCAUCGUCAAGGCCAUCUUCCUGCACAUGGCGAUUGAGAAAAACCGAGAGGACCUGGUGCAUGAAUACAGGGCCCGUCCGCGUACUUACUUGGCCGAGGACGGUCCGGCCAUCGACUGGGACGAGAAGGGUGUCGUCAGAAACUUCGAGAAGUGCUCAUACACGCGCGAGAAUCAGGCGCUCAGGCACGACGCGGCCACCUGCAUUCAGGACGCGUACCGGCGCCACCGCGGCUGGCCGCUGCACUCGUCGCUGCCCAAGCUGGAUUCCGAGAUGGGCGCGGCCGAUGCUCCGUGUGCUGAGUUUGUGCCCACAUGGGUGGACUCCAGCGAGUCGCUGUCGACCAAAGUGCGUCGCGACGCUUCGCAGGACAUGCAGAUCGACUUCACGCCCUACGAAGCCAAAUUUGAGCAGGUUACGCGUUGCCAGGCCUGGGCCCGCCGGUUCCUGGCGUUGCGGCAGUACAAGCGCGUGCACGCCCGCGUACGGCCCGUGGUCGAGCUGGAGGCGGUGCUGGACGAAGACGACCCGUACCAACACUUUCUGGUGCGCCACCCGGGCUCCCGAUCCAUCCCGCCCGUCACGUGGGACACGUAUCCCUCGCGAACGCUUCCGUGGCACCAGGGACCCCUGCAGGACCCGGACUGCGCUGUCGUGCUCCUGCUGGGCGGCGUGGAGCCCGGAAAGAGCCACGAGCUGGCGACGGGAUGCGCCUUGCUUCGCUACCACCCGACGAAGCGGGAACUGAGCAGGUGCGGGCGGCUGCCUCAGCCGCGGCACAACCACACGGCCGCCUUUCUGGACGGCUACGUCUACCUCGUGGGCGGCUUCGACAUGCGCAACACUCACCUGGCCAUCAAGUACGCGACGCGCAGCUGCUUCCGCAUGGCGCUCGAGGAGACCGGCGCGGGAAAGUGGGAGCGCGUGGCCGACAUGAACCACGCGCGAUGCAACCACGCCACGGUGGCCAUGGGACACAAGCUGUACGUCGUCGCCGGUCAGGACGAGUUCGACCGGUUCCUCGCCUCGGUCGAGAUUUACGACCCCACGCAGGACCAGUGGUCCGAGUGUCCGGUGCCGCUGUGCUGCAAGAUGUCCGCCCUGGGCGCCGCGUACCACGCCGGCUACCUGCACAUCGCGGGUGGUGUCAUCCAGUCCAGGCGGCGCACGGACAAGGUGUUUCUGGUUCCCUCGGUCGAACACUGGGACUCGGUGUGCCAGCGGUGGCUGCGUGAAGCGACCCAGCUGCCCUCAGGUCGAGGUUCCCUGGCCCUGGUCUCCUACAUGGACCAGCUGUUCGCCGUCGGGGGCCUGACCAGGGGCGAAGACUGCCUGCUUGACGUCACCGCCGACGUGCUCUGGUACGACGCCAAGAAGGGCGUCUGGCACACCGCGGCGCCACUUCCGCAGCCCCGACACAGCGCAUGCGUGGUGAACGCGGACGACGUCAUACUGCUGUUCGGCGGCCUGGUGAACGCCAAUCAGACCGAGGCUAGCGCGGACGUGCUCACCUACGGGAUGCGGCAGGACGUGUGGGAGCAGGCGGCCAAACUGCCGUGCUCCAUGACCGGAUUCGCGGCGGUCGUGCUGCCGCGCUUGAAACGGUCCACGAGUCCCGUGACGACGCAUUAA